GCCGCGGCGGCGCACGAGCAAUAACCCUAGCUAAACCCCUCCUUGCGCCUCCACUUUGUUUCGUCAUCCCUGCGCUGCGCCCCUCGAUACCUAGAGCCCGGUGCGACAUGGCGGACGGCGAGGGUACGGCGGCCCUGGCAGAGAAGCUCGCCGGGCUCUCGGCGGACGGCGCUGAGGAGCCGCAACUCUCUAAGAACGCCAAGAAGAGGGAGGAGAAGAAGAAGAAACAGGAGGAGGAGCGCCGGCUCAAGGAAGAAGAGAAGAAGAACAAGGCAGCAGCCAGUGGAAAGCCUCAGAAGGUGGCUGCGGCAGAUGACGAGGACAUGGAUCCCACUCAAUACUAUGAGAAUAGGCUCAAGACGCUUGACUCACUAAAGGCCAUGGGUGCUAAUCCCUAUCCACAUAAAUUUCCGGUUAAUAUCUCCAUACCCGGAUACAUUGAGAAAUACAAGAACCUGAGUGAGGGGGAGAAGCAUGUUGAUGUUACCGAGUGUCUAGCAGGCAGGAUCAUGAACAAGAGAACAUCAUCUUCCAAGCUCUUCUUUUAUGAUCUUUAUGGUGAUGGUGUGAAGGUGCAAGUAAUGGCUGAUGCUAGGACCUCAGAGUUGGAAGAAACUGAAUUCUCUAGUUUCCAUUCUGGUGUCAAGCGCGGUGAUAUUGUUGGUAUAUGCGGUUAUCCAGGAAAAAGCAAUAGAGGGGAGCUCAGUGUGUUCCCACGGAAAUUUGUUGUGCUCUCUCCUUGUCUUCAUAUGAUGCCCCGACAGAAGAGUGAAGGAAGCGCAGUACCUACACCAUGGACUCCAGGAAUGGGUAGGAAUAUCGAAAAGUAUGUCUUGAGGGACCAGGAAACUCGUUAUCGUCAGCGGUACCUUGAUCUUAUGGUAAACCAUGAAGUGAGGCAUAUCUUCAAGACACGAUCUAAAGUUGUCUCGUUUAUUCGGAAGUUUCUUGAUGAGCGUGAAUUUUUGGAGGUGGAGACUCCAAUGAUGAACAUGAUUGCUGGUGGAGCCGCUGCAAGGCCCUUUGUCACACACCAUAAUGAACUAAAUAUGAAGCUUUAUAUGCGUAUUGCACCUGAGCUUUAUCUGAAAGAAUUGGUCGUUGGUGGAUUGGACCGUGUCUAUGAAAUUGGGAAGCAAUUCAGGAAUGAAGGGAUUGAUUUAACACACAAUCCUGAGUUCACAACAUGUGAAUUUUAUAUGGCUUAUGCAGAUUACAAUGACUUGAUGGAGCUUACUGAGGCCAUGAUAUCUGGUAUGGUUAAGGAGCUGACAGGUGGCUAUAAGAUAAAGUAUCAUGCGAAUGGAGUUGACAAUCCACCGAUAGAGAUUGAUUUCACACCUCCCUUCAGAAGGAUAGACAUGAUUGAAGGAUUGGAGGCUAUGGCCAAACUAGAGAUACCAAAAGAUAUAUCAAGUGAUGAAACAAACAAGUACUUGAUAGAUGCCUGUGCCAAGUAUGAUGUUAAAUGUCCACCUCCCCAGACGACAACCCGGUUGCUUGACAAGCUAGUUGGACAUUUCUUGGAGGAGACAUGUGUGAACCCAACAUUUAUAAUCAACCAUCCAGAGAUAAUGAGCCCAUUGGCAAAGUGGCAUAGGUCCCGUACUGGAUUGACUGAAAGGUUUGAGCUCUUUGUUAACAAACAUGAGGUGUGCAAUGCAUACACAGAGUUAAAUGAUCCUGUCGUGCAGAGGCAACGAUUUGAGGAACAACUAAAGGAUCGUCAAUCUGGUGAUGAUGAAGCUAUGGCUUUGGACGAAACAUUCUGCACCGCCCUCGAGUAUGGGCUUCCACCAACAGGUGGUUGGGGUUUGGGAAUUGAUCGCCUUACGAUGAUGCUGACAGAUUCUCAGAACAUCAAGGAAGUCCUCCUAUUCCCGGCAAUGAAGCCUCAAGACUAGCUGUGCGCAAAGCUGAAACCCAUCAAAGGAGUGAAGUAGUUUGAGUGGUGCGCUGAACAAAGGGUAUUCAAAGGACCGCCAAGAUGGAGGGUCUUAAGGAAACAUAUUUUUUUUUAAUGAGUGGUGCAUCCGAGGUUUCAAUUUUCCGUUAGUAUUCAUGUACUAUCGUGUUUACCAUGGUUGUCGUGUAACCAAAUAUUGCUGCCAUUGGAAAAGAGUUUAGAUUAACUUCAAUUGGGUGAAGCAAAGCUUCCGUGUAUGCAAGUUAUCUGUGCAUAAUCAGAAGUUAACGCUUCUGCCA